AUGAUUGUUGUCACCCCUGUGCAUGCUACGUCCGAUCAGGUACACGAGCCUGUCGUGUAUCCUUCUGCACCUAUCAUUUUGCAUAACCCUCCUAUCACUCCUUCGCCGCCACUCCAUCCAGCCUCGCCUCCAAACAAAAAGCUCAAGGAGGAGUGGCGGCCGAAGCAGCAGGUUGCUAAGCCUGCACGGAAGAAGAGUGGAGACCACUAUGAGCUGGUUCCACCUCCUGCACCACGACCACCCUGGCCGUCUGGGUACUCACUCGCCUGCAUCUUGCCGGAUGGCCAGGUCGAGCUGACUGAUGAUGGUGGUCGCAUCUGUCGGGUGCAUGGCCACAACCUCAAGCUAUACCUCAAGAGCGACGUGGAUCAGCUCUUGGAGGCACCUGUUCCUGCACCUCCCUGA